AUGGUUGCUGACGCCCUGGUCUAUCACCCUGCUGUGGCGCAUUACCUGCGCUUUGUAGCGACAACCGUUGGUCGCGAUAAGAUCCUCCGCACCUUGCAAUACUUCUCUCGCUUCUAUGCUUGGUACUUGUACCGCACCAACCGCCCGCAGUCCGCCAUCGAUCCCUACAAUGCCAUCAAGAAGCAGUUUGGAACCACACGCAAAAUUCUCCGGAUUGGCAAGUUUGUCGAACACUUGAAGGCCGCCGCUCUCGCCUCCGACAACAAGAGCCCCAUCGAUCCCGUACUUCGUUAUCUUGCGGUUGGUCGGCAGCUUGGUUAUGCUGGAUAUCUUUCUCUCGAUACCGUGACGGUUGUGGAUGCGAUUGGUUUCCGCAAGCUUGCUUCCGUGAAGCGGCUGCAGGACUCGGCUUAUCGCUCGUGGAUGGCCGGGCUGGUGUGCAGCGCUGUUGCGAGCCUGUACACCCUUUUCCGGUUGAGGGAGAAGGAGAAGACCCUUGAUCUUAAGGAGGGCGAGGGCGUUGUAGAGGCAAAGAAACUUGAGAAGGAACGCUCUACGGCUCGCAUCCAGCUGAUCUCCGACCUAUGCGACUUGACUGUUCCAGCGUCUGCCCUCGGCCUUGCCGCACUUGAUGAUGGCCUUGUCGGCAUUGCAGGAACGGUCAGCAGUUUGAUUGGUGUCUGGUCACAGUGGCGGAAGACUGCUUAG